UGCUUCUAUGUACUUUUUUAUAUUUUGAUGCUGCGUAGAUAAUUAUUGACAGAUGACUGUUUUAUUUUUUAUAAAUAUUUGAAGAAAAGUAAUCAAUAAAUAUAAUUAAUUAUAUUAUACAUUGUGUGUGUGUGUUUCUGUGCGUAUAUAAUAAUUUUUUCGUUUUUUUUUUAUUAAAUUGGUAACUCUUCUUAACAAAUCGAUACAAAUCACUGUGCGUGGAAGUGAGUUUCGUAAAAGAGGUUAUUUUUUCUCACGUCUAACCAUGAGUUUUAGAAAUGUGAAAGAAAUAAUAGAAGAAGGAGAUGUUAUUAUUUUAUAUUUAGGACAUACUAAUAUGCAUUCGUUGGAAGUAACACCGAAAACAUUGAACAAGAAAGGUGUCAUGGUGGAAAAUGUAUUUCAAACGAUUUACGGUGCACUCAAAGUAGCCUCUCUCGUUGGCCAAAAGUAUGGUAGCAAAGUUAAAUUGUCCAGAGGAUGGGGUCACGUCUUACAACCAACACCAGAACUUUGGACUCUAACCGUUCCUCAUAGAACACAAAUUAUUUACACGCCAGACAUAAGUUUAAUUACAUACUUAAUGGAACUUUCACCGGGCCUAACAAUCAUUGAGACAGGUACUGGAAGUGGUUCACUUUCACAUGCACUGAUUCGUGCUAUUCGUCCAACCGGUCAUCUUUAUACAUUUGACUUUCAUGAACAACGUGUACACAUUGCUACCGAAGAAUUUAAGAGACACGGUCUUGAUGAUUUCGUUACUGUUGAAUGUAGAGAUGUUUGCGCUCAAGGGUUUGGUGAAAAAAUGGAAAACAAAGUGGAUAUGAUAUUCUUAGAUUUACCACAUCCGUGGUUAGUUAUAAAACAUGCGUUAAAUGCCUUCAAGAAGUCAGGAGGAAAGUUGUGUUCGUUUUCCCCAUGCAUCGAACAAGUUCAAAGAACUUGCGCAGAACUUACAUUAGAGGGUUUUAUUGAAAUAAAAACCUAUGAAUGUUUGCAAAAAGAAUUGACAGUACAAUACAAGAAUUUACCUGUUUUAAAUUUGGAGUGCUUAAAAUAUAAGCGUGAUGAUGAACAAGAUAAACAACCGAAUGUAAAAGACAAAAAAGAACCAGAAAAGUUGUUAACCGUAACUCAUCCUCAUUCAUUGCCCGGUCAUACAGGUUUUAUUACUAUUGCAACAUUAGUACCACAACACGCGAGAUCUCUUAAACAAAAUGAGACACUUUAAUGCAAAGAAAAUUAUUAUUAAAAGAUAAUUUGAAAUAAUUUAGAUAAUUCAACGACUUAAUUUUAUUGUUAUUAAGCAUAAUAAAUAUUUCUUAUUAUUCUUUUACUCAGAGAUAUCUUU